GACGGAGAAUUCAAACACCAGAAAUCUCAUUCUUCGAGGAGAAGUCUAUUGAAGAGAAGAAAACAUCAUUAUUAUCUGGAGAUAAAGUAACAAUAUGGUAUCCACACGCCUUGCCUUUUUGCUCGUCUCCUUCAGUCUCGGCCAACUCGGCGAUGGUCUGAAUAUCUUCCAGGGAGUUUUUUUGGCCGGUGUAGGAUGGGCCCAAGGUGCUGUUGGGACUGCGUUGUCUCUCAUGGGACUGACCAGUCUGGUCAUGCAACCCUUUGCUGGCAAUUGGGUCGAUACGACGUCGGUUGAUCGACGAUUGUUUCUCGUGCUGGCCAGCGUCAUUACGGCAUGUUCGGCGUCUACCAUCCUAUUUGUCCAUCCAUCAAGCUUGAACCAUGUUCUUAUCUACGCAUCAAAGUUUGUUGAGGGCAUUGCUAGUUCCUUCAUCAAUCCUUGUUUGGCAGCUUUGACUUUGGCAUGCUUUGGACCAACACAAUUUGAUGAAGUUAUGGCCAGCAAUGUAUAUUGGGGUCAUGUGGGGAGCGUUGCGGCUGCCGUCUUGGCCGGUAUUGUGGCCUUCGUUAGUUAUCCACGCAUCGAAUACUGCUUUCUAGUGAUUGGAGCUUCGGCUUUGGUUGCCAUUGUCUUCAUUCGUUACUUGCCACAAGGAAAUCCAUUGUGGGGACGGGGAUUGGACGCAUCGAGCAUACCUUCCCUCGAAUAUUCUGAUACUGACACUGAAAUUGGGAGUUCCCAAAGUGAAGACUCAACAGAAAACGAGAUUUCAUCAGAAUCAACUCCACUGGCACCUACGAAUUGCAGCGGUGAAAAUACUCCACAAGUGGCCUCAUAUUGGGAGGUUCUUUCGGAGUUCAGAACUCUCAUCUUGUGCAUGACAGGGUUCUUCUUCCAGUACGUGAAUAUUUGUUUCGUUGGUAUGUAAAUUUUUGCCCUCCCUCUCUCACACAUUCUUCUUGUUUAGCUUUGCAAACGCGAACGUCUUGUUAGUCCUCGGCGAACUCAUGGGACAAGGCGACGAAGAACAAGAAGGCGUGACCCGUACCGCGAUUCCCUUGACUGCUGGAGCCAUUGUCGUCGCCCAAACGACAAUGGCAUUCGCCACCCACUGGGCUGAUGGACGCACCGAACAAGGUUGGGGCCGAAAGCCUCUUUUCUUGAUUGGAAUUGCAACUUUGCCUAUCCGAUGCGCUCUCAUCAUUCUCCUCAAAGAUGCUGGACACCAAUACCUUCUUGCGACUCAGCUUUUUGAUGGAUUGGGUGGUGGAUUAUUCGGAUUGAUUCAUCCUUUUAUUGUGGCGGAUAUUACUUUUGGAACAGGAAGAUUCAAUGCCGUUAGUAAGUUUUUUGUAAAUAUGUUGAUACUUGGAUUUUGAGUGUGCGAAAUAUCUAAUGAAGCUAACGUCGUGUAUUUCAUUCUUUCACAGUGGGCUUGACAGCUUCUGCUUUUGGUUUGGGUGCCACUCUGUCGAAUUAUUUGGGGCAACGGGUGGCCGAGCACUUUGGCUACGUCCACAGUUUAAUGGCAUCGUUUGUUAUUUCCUUUAUUCCGAUUAUUUUGUUCGCCAUUUUCAUGCCCGAAACCCUAGGAAGACGAGGAACAACAACAAACACAAAGUCUGUUUCCCUCCAUUGAUGUAUAAACACGAGAAUGACCCACGUUGAUGAGAAGAUAUAGAAUGGACGUUUCCACGAAGCAAAAACUGCCUCUUUGUGAUAUAGCAUAUGAAAAUUAGAUUUCUAUCAUUUUUCAACUAUAGUAGAGCAUUCUUGCGAAGAAAUAGCUGUAAGUGGGAUAGAAUCUUGAAGGUCUGUCGAAUUUGACUUCCCCUGAAAUUGGUGUGCUUCGGGCAAUGAAAGUCGAAGUACAUAGGUAGUACCGGUACCAGGUCCCCUACCUAGUAAAUUCAAAACUGUACCGGUACUACUAGACUCCCCCCACUCUUAAUGUAAACUACUUACACAUACCCCCACCCCGGGAGAGGUGGACCUGGUGACAACUUCUUUGCUGAGUUUUGGUCACGUGCUACCAAUGACACACUCAAAUUCUUGAUAAGCCAAGUUUUUUUUUCAUCAUCAUAUGCUGGCAUCUCAUUCCCUUAACUUAAUUGUUUUACACUGUUUCUUGUUGUUAUAGUUCAAAACCCCACUGCCUCUACAACUAAAAAGAUAAAUCUAGGAGGCUUUAACAAAAUCUUCCUGAUCCCCUCCCUUUCCUCUUCAAGAAACAAUUACAGUAAAAACUGUCUAAGACU